CCAGUAGGAGAUGGUAUCGGCCACGUGUCACAUCAAACCGGCUCUGUAAACACCUCUUUGACACGUUUUUGUCAUCUUGAAUUGGCCAGAAGACCACAGCACUGUAGUAUAAAGAUUUGGGGAAACCUGCUUCUAAGAAGAUGCCUUGCAUUAUCACCGACAUAAUUGGUGUAAAGUACUUGGAAGUGACGUAUUUCACAGCACUAGCCUUGGUGCCCUUUGUUCUGUACUGGACUUACACACUUCUACUUGGAGUUUUACUACUCGUCCUCACGGCCUGUUUCUACAUCAUAAAGAAUCAUACCAAACAACUGCAUGAUGUCAACGGCCAGUGUGUAUUGAUAACAGGGUGUGAUACAGGGAUUGGACACGCCCUAGCACGGAGACUGGACAGUUUGGGACUUACGGUGUACGCUGGAUGUCUCCAGGAAACGUCAGAUUUACGGAAACAUGCAUCAAAACGACUGCAUGUCAUACAGCUUGAUGUCACCAGCGAUGUUAGCGUGAGCAAAGCGCUGGAUUACGUGUCCACUCACUGCAAUAAGACGAAAUGUGGCCUGUGGGGAUUAGUGAACAACGCGGGGGUAAACCACGUAGGCGACGUGGAGUUCUGUACGAUGGCAAUGUAUAGGAGAAUCAUGGAGGUCAACCUGUUAGGGAUGGUCAGGAUAACCAGGGCAUUCCUACCUUUAAUCCGGAAGUCACAAGGCCGAGUGGUGAACGUCACUAGCGUCCAGGGCAGACUGCCGAUGCCUUCCCAUUCGGUUUACGGGAUCACAAAGUUCGGCGGAGAGAAUUUCUCGGAUGCUCUCCGACUGGAAAUGAUAAAGUUUGGUGUCAAAGUUUCCCUUAUAGAGCCUGGCAAUUUUGGGGGAACCACAGGGAUGUUAAAUGAUGCUUCUUUACGAAUAAUAAGGCGAGACUUCGACACGAUGUGGGCGGAGGCGACAGAGGAGACGAGACGUACAUAUGGUAAAGCCUACCUAGAGACGCAGUACAGUAACGCCACCAACAUAUCGUCCACCAGUGCACCAAGUCUGGACCCGAUCAUUGACGCCAUGGUUGAUGCCCUGCUCAACACUCGCCCUCAGACACGAUACCUAAUUGGGGGUAGUAAUGGUCUCGUGGACCACUACUGUAUCCUGGCCAGACUGAGGGACAUACUUCCAACAUGCAUUAUGGACUUUUUAAUAGACAAAGUAUAUUCAUCAGGUAUUCCUCUGGAAGGCAGCUAACUUUGAAAAGUACUCAAGACAAUAUAACGCAGACAUGUAAAAAUGGACCACUGGACAAGACCUAUUGAUGUAUUUACUCUGCCUAGUCCAGUGAUUGGUGAUCAGUGAACAGCCUCAAUCCUUUAAGUAGCAGAACAUAGCUAUUUAUAUAUCAAUUUUAGAAAAUUCAGUAUGUGCAUGUACAUAUUACACAAGUCAGAAUACACUGUAUUUAGUCAUAAGUCGGAGUUAUAUGAAACAUAUAGGAUCUGCAUUAGGUUCUAAAACAGUUUGUUUGUUGGUUGGUUAGCUCACUUGCCCUUCGGUGAGCUUAUGUCAUGG